AUGGCCGAGUCUACGACUUCACUUGGCUCAAAGGAUAUUUCGUCUACAGUAUCGCUUUAUGAGCCCUCUUCGACGACAGAUCUAGUGGACAAUCUCUCUACUAGGGCUGUGUAUGAAUUGGAUCCUGAGGAGAGCAUCUCGAGACCCUUGUCUCGAGGCUCUGUUACGUCUGGUGUGUCUAUGAUGGCCACUAAAGACGGGGUGGAGGGAGAAAAAGUGAAAAGACUGGGCAUCCCACAGUAUUCGUUGAAUAUUUUGAAUUCCAUGGCUCACAACCAGUAUAAGAAGCUACAUCACCCAUCACACUCCCAUCUGUCAUUGACGAAACCGUAUUUGAACGGGGCCACGGAGGCGUCGUCCAUCAGUGGCAAGCUGGGCUCAUAUCCCGAUUCGCCCAACGCGCCACCUAUGACGCUACGAGAAAAGAUGCGCCUUUUGAACCAUGAUAGAAACCUUUCUCCAUCCUCGAACAAUAAUUCUACGGACCAAUUGGAUGCGGCCUCGUCCAAUGCGAAUAGUUCUACCGGACGCAAUCAUGAUAUUUAUUCGAACGGCAGCGACGGUAAUAUGCUUGGCGUCCCCGGUCGCUGCGGUAGCGAUAUUGAGAGCAAUGUAAGCACUGUGGGCGAUGAUGCAUCGUUUUCCCAGAACAUCAGGAAUCUGUCGCCUCCUGUGAGCGUACCCGAUCUCAGCGGGGAAAAAGUAUAG